CUCAUCACUCACCACCAAUGGCGAUCAACACAGUCAACCGCAAUAACUGCACCACCGGAGCACCGUCACAAUCACCGCCGCCUAAUCGAAAGGAAUUUCACUACCGCGGCGUCCGGAAGCGCCCGUGGGGACGCUAUGCGGCGGAGAUUCGCGAUCCGUGGAAGAAAACGCGCUUGUGGCUCGGCACAUUCGAUACGGCGGAGGACGCCGCUAGAGCGUACGACGCUGCCGCGUUCCGCCUCCGCGGCGUCAAAGCGAAGAUGAAUUUCGGACUCGUCGGAACUAUAUCGUCGGUUGUUGAGAAGAAAAUUGAAAAUAAUACCUUUCCGGCGGUGUUUUAUCACCCUUCGGGUGGCGACGCCGUCGUAAAUUACGUCGGCGAGCCUUCGGUUUACAGUGGUUAUGGAAAGGAGAAGAAAAUCGAGGAUAAUAACUUUCCGGAGAUAUUUUAUCGUCGUUCCGGAGGUGACGGAGACCGAAAUGUCGCCGGCGAUCGUUCGGUUUACGGCGGUUAUGAACAGAAGCUGUUUGUUGAGGAGAAAAUUGAGAAUAAUAACUUUCCGGCGGGGUCGUGUCGUUCCGGUGGUGACGGUGACGGUGACGGAACUGUUGUCGGUGAGAGGUGUGUGUACGGCGGUUGUGAAGAGGAGGUGGUAGGUGAGGCGGUUACAGAGAAGAAGGUGUUGAUGAUUGAUCUGAACUUGCCGGCGACUGUGUUUUGACCACUGUUACGGUGGUUUGACCACCGUGAUGGUUGUUAGAUUUUGUUCGGAAUGUUGUACGGAUUUUGCAAAAGUCGUCCCGCGUAAAAAAAGUAUUGGAAGUUUUGAAGUAGUUGAUGUUGUUUAAUAACUAAAUAAGUGAUUAGACGAAUAUCUAAUAUUGCUUUUGGUUUUUGAAUAAUAAAUAAAUAAAAAAAUGUAAUAAUAUAUAGUGAUUCUUGUA